CCAUCUUCUCUUUGGGAAUAUUUCCUCCCUCACUUUGCUUCUACUAGCUGAAAACUUCUUGGAAGGGAGCAUUCCAGAGAAUAUAGCAACCAUCUCAGGUUUGGAAUAUUUCAAUGUCGCUGCCAACAUGCUCUCUGGUAAAGUUCCUUCUUCCAUUUAUAACCUUUCGGGACUCUACUACUUCAAUGUGGGGAACGACCAACUACAUGGAGAUCUUCCAUCAGACAUAGGCCACACACUCCCCAAGCUUCAGUUUCUUGGGAUGUAUGGCAACCAGUUCCAAGGCUCCAUUCCGAUAUCUCUUGCAAAUGCUUCCGGACUUGAGGGGUCCUUGGACUGUUGGACACUACAUCUUCAUCCAUGCAUCAGGCAGGAAACCAAAAGGAAAAGCACUUCUGUGAUCAGAAAUACACUACCAAUUGUUGCUGGUGCUGUGAUUCUCUGCCUUCUAGCUUGCCUAUUGCUCGUUCGAGGUGUGCCGAAUAGGUCGAGAAUGAAAUCAUCAUCCUUGGAGAGCAAUGGGAGCCAAUAUCCCAGAGUGUCAUAUGCUGACUUGCACAAAGCAACCGAUGGAUUCGCUUCUUCAAACUUGAUUGGUUCAGGCAGCUUUGGGUCUGUGUACAGAGGAACACACAAUGGACAACUAGUUGCAGUGAAAUGAUUCAAUCUUCAUUCUUCAACAAAGAGGAGCUUCAUGGCUGAAUGCGAAGCCUUGAGAAGCAUUCGGCAUCGAAAUCUAUUGAAAGUCAUAACCUCCUGUUCAAGCAUCGGUUCUCAAGGUGAAGAAAUCAAAGUAAUCGUGUAUGACUUCAUACCGAGAGGAAACCUUGAUGAGUGGCUGCAUCCAGAAAGUUAUGAACAUGAACAAUUAAAGGAACUUAGCCUCGUUAAAAGGCUGAACACAGCCACUAAUGUGGCUUCAGCUCUGGACUAUCUCCAUUGUCAAGGACAAAUUAUCCACUGCGAUCUAAAGCCAAACAAUGUUCCUCUCGACGAUGGCUCAUGUAGGUGACUUUGGGUUGGCAAGGUUUCUCGACAGGGACAGUAGCAGCUGGUCUAUUGCUUCCUCCAUUCCCCUUGGACUUAAAGGAUCCAUUGGAUACGUAGCAUGAAUACUCUUUGCCCAAAGCAAUUUCAUUAAGAAACUAAACAACCAUUAAUAAGAAUUAGGAAAGAACUAUCAGCAACAUGAUUAAUCUUGUUCUCGAGUUCACAUGAUCAUUAAAAUUUUGAUUACAGAAUAUGGGACAGGAAGUCAAGUUUCCCCUCUGGCUGAUGUUUCGGAAAUCGGAAUACUUCCCCUGGAGAUGCUUACCGGGCGUUGAUUCCUAUAAGUCAGAAAUAGCACUGAAGGUUGACGAAUUCGAACUGCAAAACACCACAA